GGACACCUGUUUGACACCAGGGCUGCCACAGCCAGGAUGCAGCGGUGGUUUAAUUCAGGGUCACGUGGAGGAGGAGGAGGAGGAGGAGGAAGAGGAGGAGAAAGUUGUGUGUGUUCAGUGAAGAAAAACAAUCAAAACACCUUUAAACAUCUUUUUGCGGAUUUGUUCACCCACCGUACUUGUGUUUAACACACACCUCUACCCAUCACGGUGACAGGAUGUAGUGUAGGGCUCCUCUUCCUGCCUGAGACGCACGUACACUCGUCUUUCUUUUUUUUUUUUUUCUUGACGCGUCUCCUGUGACGCCUGUCUGUCACCCAGCAGCGCAGCCAUCGGCCAGCGGUUAACUGGCAGCAGCAGCAAGGGGGGGGGGAAAUCCCCCGUGUGACGUCAUCGGAAAUCCCCUCGAUCUCGUGUUUGAGUCUGGCAAAAGUAAACACAACAUUUAACUAAUGUCGAACGAUUAUUGAUGAACUUUUGCCCAAUGAGAGACAUAUUGGUUGCUAUUUUAAUGAACAUAAACGUCGUUUAUGUUCGUUUAUAAGGACGUUAUGAGGAAUGCGGGGGAGUUUCGCUUUUGCCGUGGGCACCGGCUGUUUUCCCCACUUUGUGUUUUUUUUUUCCGGCCGCGCGUCCACUGGUGGCGCAGCGAGCGUUCUGCGGCUUUACGCGGCGCAAAAUGCUGAACUUUGGACUCGCUGAGCGCUGUUUAAUGACGACGGAAGACUAGAGGAAGCUGCUGCCGCCGCCGCUGCUGGAAACGAAACGGAGGCGCACCGCGAUCGACUCCACCAUGUCGCGCUGUGAGACGCGAAUGUAACGCGGAGGCAUGGACGGCGGGAGAAGCGAUGGCGGCGGCGACGCGGAGCUGGAGCUGGAGGACGAGUUCGCGUGCGCCGGGACGCUCCGGGGCUCGCUGACGUCCCUGCACGGCGCCGUGGAGCGGAUAUUCAGGGUGACGUUCGCCAUCGGCGCCGACGACGCGCCCCACGGCAGCGACGGCCAGAUUUGGCUGAAGCUACGAGGGCCGCGCGCCGACGUGAAGGCGGCCAAGUUGUUCGUGCGAGGGGUGGUGAACCAGGAGGAGCAGAAGGAGCUGUCGUAUCCCAGCGUCCUUCACAGCGUCUUCUGUGGAGCCAGGGGCCUGUUCAUGGACUGCCUGAUCAAAUGCACCUCAGCGCUCAUAGUGGUUGGUUCUCCGGGAUUCCUGCUCAUAUCAGGCCUGGCGGAGCCGGUGGUGCGCGCCUACUCCCUGAUCACAGACCUGGUGGAGCGGUAUGAAGGCACGCAGUCCAGGCGCUCGGAGCCUGGGGACCGGAGCUCCGGUGAGUCCCUGGACUCCCGCCGGGCCUUCAAGACUCUGGUGGAGAAACUGGAGGACAGGCACAUCCUGGAUCUGCUGGUGCUCCCGGGCUCGGUGAAGGAAAUCCUGCUGGAUUUGGUGAGGGAAUCGGGACUUGGGUCGAGCCCGGACCUGGGGCGGACAUGCAGAAAUGGCAGAUUGCAUGAUGACCUGGAGGACACGUGGGACAAACCCUUUGCCAUUACGUACGCACAGCCCCAGGCUUCCGGCAGAAAAGCUGCAGACAAGGAUUCAUUGCAUUCGUACCCCCGGCCUCCAGGCGCUGAGGGGAGGGCAGAGGGCGCUGGAGAACAGCUCCCACAUUCUCCCCUGGAGGUGGCAGAGGAGGAGGAAGCGGAGCAGAGACCCACGUUAAGUACCGAAGAUAAAGAUGGACCGGGGGACGAGGACGAACACGAGGUGCAUUUGUCGAAGGAAAACAAGGAGUUCUGGCUUCUUCUGAAGUUCUUCACAGCCAUGGGUUACACAGAAGACGUCGUCAAACGGGUGCUUGCGCUCACAGGCCCUAAAGAGGCCUCGCAGAUACUGGACCUGGUUCAGCAGGAGCAAGAUCGCAGCGACCAUGAGCAGCGCGGCGCCGCCCCGAAGCCCGGCGAGAAGAACCGGCCGUGCGAGACGGAGCACAGGGAGGAUGAAGAGGCAGCCGAGAGCGGCUGCGUGGGGGGGGGCAGUAAUGGAGAGGUGAAGGAAGCUCCGGAGGCAGGCGGUGGCGGAGUGACGGGGCGCACGAGACACUCGGAGAGCGUUGAAAAUAACGAAAGUGAGGAGGACUUUGUCCUGGGGGUCUUGAAAAAAGCUGCAGCCACCUGCGGCUACACCGAACAGAAGGUGGCCGAGGUCUACAGCAUGCUGCCCGAUCGCUCCACCCACCAGCUGCUCCUGGAGCUGCAGAGGGAGCGGGGCCGAGACGCCGGCGCCCUGGAGGGUCCACGGGAGAUGGAUGACGUCAUCGCACAGGCGUCGAGGGAGGAACGGGCAGAAGAUAAGGAGGCGAGAGGAUCUGACGACGAAGGCUGGGCGGACGCGCUGAAGCCGCAUCCUCGGACCAGUAAAGCCCAGCGGCUCCCAGUCGGCCCGCACGCCCCGCAGCCCCAGCGCCACCAGCCCCCGCACUCGCCAGCACCGCCGCUGAUCUUCCUGCCUCAAGUCAAGGGGCCGCCGCUGCCCACGUACCCCUCGCCCCUGACCCCUCCCCUCAGCAGCUCACCGACCGGCAGUCACUAUGAGCCGAGCGCCCCCACCUCCAGGCAGAACCACCCGGCACACGACCCGAGGCCGAAGCCCGCUGCCGCCACGGAGACAGCAGCCAGAGCCCGGGACAAGCGGGGCUUGGUGUCCACUCACUCAGUGGUGGUGACAGGGCAGCAGCGCUUCCUGGAGGGGCUCCAGAUGCCCUUUGACCUGCAGCUGACGGACAAACCAGGAGACCCCAAGCUGAGGACCAUCAUAAUAGAUGGCAGCAACGUGGCCAUGAGUCACGGCUUGGGACACUUCUUCUCCUGUCGAGGAAUCGCCCUGGCCGUCCAGCACUUCUGGGACCGCGGCCAUCGGAACAUCAGCGCCCUCCUUCCACAGUGGAGGCAGAAGAGCGACCCCAAGAUCAAAGAGCAGCACUAUCUGUCCAAGCUGCAGAAGCUGGGCCUGCUUUCCUACACCCCCUCCAGGGAGGUGCAGGGAAAGAGGAUCAGCUCCUACGACGACAGAUUCAUGCUCCAGCUUGCACAGAAGACAGACGGCGUGAUUGUGACUAACGACAACCUAAGAGACCUGUCAGAUGAGUCCCAGGUGUGGAGGGACAUCAUCAAAAAGAGACUUCUUCAGUACACGUUUGUCGGGGAUCACUUCAUGGUCCCAGAUGAUCCUCUGGGCAGAGGAGGGCCUCACCUGGAUGACUUUCUCUGUUCAGAGCACAGGACUCCGGACCCAGGGAACCACUCUUUUGCUGGUCUCGCCUCCCCUUUCCACCCCUCCAAAUUUCCACGCUCCCAAACAGAGGUGCUGAACUACCGUGACAGGACACUGGGUGGCGCUGUGGACGCAUCAGGGGGCGGCAAUAGGAGAGGAAGAGGACGGGACAAGGGUCACCAGCACAGGCAGCACGAAGGCGGAGGGGCCGACAGGAGCCCAGAGGAAACAGCCAGCCUGAGGGAGCAGCUCUGCCAGGUCUUCCCAGACCAGGACAACAUGGUGAUCCUGGUGCUGCAGUGCCACCCCGCAGAGACGGACGUCAACGUGCUGUCUGGACUCAUCCUGGAGCAUCAGAACAACUAGACGUUUACAUUUUACCUAUGUCUUAAUCACUAAACUGCAUUCACGGUGCGAGGGUUCAAGGCCAACAGCACUCGUCAGGUGAGGGGCGGAGCUUCCCGUGGACUCCACUGCACACCUGUAGUUUUGUACAGGUGAAGUUUGUUGUGCCCCCCCUCACUGGCAACUAAUAUUUUAAGAUAUUGAAAGUGCAUAGAUUUCUCUCAUGUGCCUCAGUUUAACAGAGAAAGCAGCUCAGUGCUCCUCUCCUGGUUGCCUUUGCCUGGUGGAUUAGAAUCGUUACAUGUUAGCUGAUGUUUGCAUCUGUGUGUGUGUUUAUUAUAAAACAUUCUAAUUUUUAACAACAAAUGGCAAAGAAUAUGGCAAACAGCCAGAAUACCAGCUGGAAAGUAACUAAGUGCAUUAAGUCCUGUAUACACCAGCAUGUAUUCAGUCCGUUUUUCUUAGUAAGUAAAUCUACUUAGUACUUUCACUUGUUUGCAGAAUUUGAAAUGGUCCAGAACUUCUACUCUAACAGAGCUUCUGCUUAUGCAGAUAACACCUUUACAUGCUGUAAUAAUACCUGCGUCUUCCUGCUGGCUGUUUCUAAUGUCAGGUCUGAUUCACCAGCCUUGCUUUUAAAUCUAAUGUAACCAUCUGUGCUUUGAAUAGAUUGUGUCUAUGUUCAUAGCUGCAUGUAUGAAACACAGGAUAGCAAUGUGAACUGGUCUGUGUUAUAUUCUGUUCACAGUUGUUAAUUUAUUUUGGGUCUGAUGUCAUGUGUUAAAUGCAUUGUUUGUAGCUUAAACUCUCACAUUAAAUAGAGCAAUUUGAGCAGAUGCAGA